AUGCUUCACCUCCGAGCUUCCAAGAUUGCCGUCCUUCUACCUCUCUUUCUUUCUCCUGUUCUCGCCAAAGACGCCAACCUAGUCGGCUGCGACGAAGUAUCUUGCCCCAAAGAAGGACCCUACGACCGAUGCACAGUGGAAGACAACACCUUCCUGGGUGUGGGGCUAUCCAACAUCGCGAACUUGCCGUCUGAGCUCGAGGGAUUCUCCCUUGUGAAAGGCGUCAAUGUAUCCCAAGGGCUUGCCGGCAAGGAUAACGACAAACCAACCCGACCGUUCAAAUCGGUAUACUAUCUAGCUACGCCAGAGAAUACCAGAACCAGUGAAUUUCCUGGGUGUGCUGUUAUCUUUAACAACCCACCGGACAAGAAGUUCAAAGGUCCGGAGCUUCGAGGCGACACAAAUGCAACUGACACCCGCGCGGCAACCGGAACUUGCACUGAUGUUCUCGAGCAAACCUGCAUCGACACCAUUACGGAGCGGGCGAGAAAGGUGGUUCAAGAUUCUAACAGCAAUGUCUGUGAAAAUCUUGAGGAGGAGCUCAAGAAGGACUCUUUCAAUGGAUGCGACGGGUUUGGAGGUCAAGGUACCUCACUGGGAGACUUUACUAUCAAAUCAUUCGGUGUUCUAGACCUCAUGAAAAACUCCUCGGACUGCUGGCCAGUGCAAGAAAAGUCCGAUCAGUUGAUGCAAAUUUCUGAGGUCAAUUCUCAUGCAAACUACUCGGCGAGCGCUCUCAUUCAAGAGGCAUAUAAAAUAACUCCUAUUCUGACUGUGUUUAUCGGCGGGAAUGACACUCUUGUCGACCGGGCCUCUUCCCAAAUGACAUGUCUGAAGGUGGUCACGACAGAGGACCCCAGUGAUGACGACGAUAGUUCUGACAAUUCGGCCGUUGCCUUGAAUAAAGGGUGGCUGGCAGUUACCAUUCCUGCAUUUGUGGGAAGUUUCCUAGCGUUGUAG